AGUCCUCAUCACCCACAUCCACACAGAUCUGCCUAGAACCCCAGUUCCCAUUUUUUGCUUCCCCAACACCCACAUGUCUCUGGGAGCAACCAGAUUAGGGGCGUCGGUGGAGAGAGAGAGAGAGAGAGAGAGAGAGAGAGAGAGAGAGAGAGAGAGAGAGAGAAGAGAAUGGAUGGAUAAGAACCUGGGUGUAGGGGGAGGGAUGGCCACCAACUUGGCCUUGAGGUCUGGAAGGCAACUUGACAUCUGUCUUUCUACCUUGAGGGAAGUAGAAGCAAGACGGGGCUUUCUGUCCAUCAGAGAGACCCAAGGGUGCCCACCUGUAGUCACGACGAGCUGUUCCCACGGCCCGAAUACCCACCUGAGGAGCCCCACACUCAACACAAUGUGAAUUUCCUUUCCAUCUGUCAGUCUAGGGACACUAUGCCCCAACACCAGGGGUUCCGCUCAGCUCCAGCAGCGCCCAUCGAAACCUGACAGGGUCCAGAAAGGUGGCUGCCGGCCCGGCCCGACCCCCUUGCCUCGGGUCUCUCUCCAGGACCUCCCAGAUCCUCCCCGCCCCGCGUGGACGGCGCACGCAGACUUACCCGGAGCUCGCCCUCGGUGCGGUGCAGUCCCAGGCGCCGCAGCCCCACCGCCAGGUCGUUGACACACAGGCCGCCGUCGCGGUUGACGUCGAGUGUUUGAAAGAGGCUCCACAGGCGCAGCUGGUGGUCCGGGCCGCCACAGACGGCGCCGCCGCACGGGUCCCCUACAGAAACCGGCGACGAGGCGGACGACGAGGCGGUGGCGGUGGCGUCCGGCGGCGAGGAGGCCACGCAGCGGCACAACACACUGCUCACCAUCGGGCGCGAGGCGGGGGCGCCGGACGCGGGGCUGAAGGCGGCAGGAGAGCGACGCGAGCGCGGAAACACGCCGGCUUUCCACAGCAAGCGCGGGCUCCCAGAAGCCGGCCGACUGGAGGGAGGGGCCGCUUCCGGGAGCCCCGCCCAGCGGCGCGCGGAGGCGCUGGCCGCGCCCUCUGGCGCACUGCGGACCAAUCACAGGCCGGGAUGUCGGUUCCGGAAUCAAUGAGAGGGCGGGGCCACCGUGCCAGCUGGAAGUCGAUUCAAACUGAGGGAGUCGGGGAUUGGUUGAAGCCGGGUAAUAGGCAAGCUGAAAGCCUUGUGUCCAAUUCCCAUUCAGAAGCUCUAUUUAGACUGCGGAAUGAUGAGGCUGAGAGGAGCGUUUGUGUACGAAGAGAUCAUAGCUAUCCGUGGAAAUGAAAUGUGUAUGAGGGCAACUGUGGACUGAAGUUAGAAGACACAAAGCACCAUUGAAUAAAAUGAAAAUUUAAUGGGCUGACGACUCAAGACCGAAAACACGAAUCAAAGUCAGGAGGCUAAGCUUUAGUAGUCUCCUAAACUGCCAAUAAAACAGCUGAAUUUCACAACGUAAUAGUCGCGAUACAGACAACUGAACGACAGUCGGAUUUUCCAAUGGAAGUGAAUAAUGUCCAUGUGGGCGGACAUCCUGAAGUGACAGACACGCCUUUAGACCAAUGACCAGGCCAGUUCAAGCAAAGAGGUGUGUCCUCUGAGAGGAAUGGCAGGCCUGGAGAGCCAGUGAUCGGCGAGAUAUUUGAGCCACGCCAAACCUGGAGGGCGGGGCUUCUCAGGGAUGUGCCGAGGGGCGGGAAGAAGGGAAGUGGGCGGAUCUCCGCACACCCCAGCGGAAGAGGCAGAUUCAGGAAGCCAUUACGCAGCUGGCUGGCGGCGGUCGGGCUGGUCAGCGCUGGGCCCUACGCACUUUGCGUAGUGAGGGGGGUUACUUAAGGCCUGGUACUUGGCCUUGUACAAGCCUGCCUGUCCCCCUAAAGGGGGUGGGGGUGAGAGAGAGGCGAGGCUGCAAAAGAAGGGAAGAGAAAUUGGGGCUGUUAAGAGCAUUAUCAUUUCUUUAAAAAGAGAGGAAAGGGGAGGCCAUGGCUGUCCCAGCCAAGAAGAGGAAGAUGAACUUUUCAGAGCGGGAGGUGGAGAUCAUCGUGGAGGAACUGGAACUGAAGAAGCACCUGCUGGUGAACCACUUCAAUGCUGGGGUUCCUCUGGCUGCCAAGAGUGCGGCCUGGCAUGGCAUCCUGAAAAGGGUCAACGCUGUGGCCACCUGCCGUAGGGAGCUGCCCGAAGUCAAGAAAAAGUGGUCCGACCUCAAGACCGAGGUCCGUCGUAAGGUGGCCCAAGUCCGAGCUGCUGUAGAAGGUGGUGAAGCUCCAGGGCCCACAGAAGAAGAUGGAGCUGGUGGACCCGGGACAGGCAGUGGCAGUGGUGGCAAUGGCACAGCCAUAGCUCCGGUACUGCUGACCCCAAUGCAACAGAGGAUCUGCAACCUGUUGGGUGAGGCCACCAUCAUCAGCCUACCCAGUACCACAGAGAUCCAUCCCGUGGCCCUCGGACCCACAGCCACUACAGCCGCAGCCACGGUCACCCUGACACAGAUCCCCACUGAGACCACCUACCACACGCUGGAGGAGGGAGUGGUGGAGUACUGCACUGCUGAGGCCCCUCAGCCCUUGCCGACAGAGGCCCCGGUGGAGAUGAUAGCCCAGCCUGCAGACACAUCUGUCAAACCACAGGCACUUAAGAGCCGCAUUGCCCUCAAUUCAGCCAAGUUGAUCCAGGAGCAGCGGGUCACCAACCUUCACAUAAAGGAGAUCGCUCAGCACCUGGAGCAACAGAAUGACCUGCUACAGAUGAUCCGGCGUUCUCAGGAGGUGCAGGCCUGUGCCCAGGAGCGGCAGGCCCAGGCCAUGGAGGGCACCCAGGCAGCCCUGAGUGUCCUUAUCCAGGUCCUCCGGCCCAUGAUUAAAGAUUUCCGUCGCUACCUACAGAGUAACACACCCAACCCAGUCUCAGCCCCUGACCCUGGACAGGUGGCCCAGAAUGGGCAGCCAGACAGCAUUAUCCAGUGAGGGCAGGGGUCAAGCCAGUACUCUGCUUGUGAUUGAAGGAAACAUCUAUGGAAUUUAAAGUGGUUUCUGGGGCAGCUUUAAGUGGACUGUGUGGAUAGCUCCCUCUUGGAUAGAUACAUGGGGUUUGUUAGUCUGAGAAAAAUGAAGGAGACUGAGGAAAGGAAUUUGCUGGGUUCCUGGAUCCCAAUAUAUCUUAAUUCAACCUCUGGAGCUGCCUUGCUGAGAUUUUAGCUGGGAGCCAUAUAUGCUGGUGAUGGGACAUGGGUUGACAUGAUCUAUAGCUUGAGACAUCACCCACACUCAGUUUAGGACAACUUUAAAGACAAACUGGCUCUCACUGGGGCUACGUCUCAGCACGUGACUGUCAAUUAGCUGCCCCACCUCAGGUGCACCACCUUUCUGAGUGCCACCUUGCCAGUGUAGCCGGCAGAAAUGCAAUAACACCCAAAUAAGAAUGUCUCCCAGCACCACUGGGAAGUCCUAGUCCUUUCUCCCUCUCACUGUGCCUCCAUUCUCAGGGGACUCUCUUGACUGCUGUAUGCCACAACCACCCAGGCACAGUUCAGCUCUUGGAUAUGCCCCGAGAUGUAUGCAGCUGACCUGGCUCAGGAAUGCUUUGUGUGGUGGGUUGGCCACUCUCUAGUCUUCCAUGACAUCUGUGGGUAGCUAGCUGUUCUAUAGUUUGCCCCAUCCCCAGACUUCGACACAGGUGGGCUUCCGGUGCUGUCAGUGUUAGAAGGCAAACCCCUGUGGAAUCCUGUUUCCUGCUGCAGUGUACUUGAGGUAAACCUCUAGUUUUUAUUUUAUUAUUAUUUUUCUUUAGAAAGUCACGUCUAGCCAGUUGUAUUUAUUCUACAGCCGAACCCUUUCUGAGAGGGCUCCAGGCUCUGUGCCCACCCUUCUUCCUCCUCUGCUGGACCACAUGUCCAAAAUGCAGUGCACAUAGAGCCCUGCUCAGCAUCCCACCCCAGUACUCCUCUCACUUACUCUGUUCCUCAGUGCCUGGUGCCCUGAAGAUGCCCCCGCCCCGCACUGGCUAAGUGAAUCCAAAGCAAGGAUGGUCCCUGAAUGUAUGAGGUGGAAGAUAGAAAGUGAGCCCUUUGAAUCCUGCGCUCUAGCAGGGCAUAGCCUCAGAGGGCUGAAGUACAUGUUGCCUGGCUUUCCACCUUCUCCCUGAGGCACUUACAAGAGACUCUGCCAGGCAAGGUUUAUCUGGAUCACUUUCAAACUUGCAAUGCUGAGGCCUCAGACUCCCACGUUACUACUCCAUUUGCCACAUUGCUGCCACAUCUGGGACACUCAUAACCAGUGACAACAACUCAAAAGUUCCAGAUCUUAACCAAGCAAAGAAGCCAAGUUGCCUUUCCAGGCAUGGCUACAUAAAGACACUUAGCUCCAGUGCUGUCCCAGAAAGAGGUCCCCUGGAGAUAGUAAGGUGACUACCCACUGUCUCCUUCUCCAAGGAGGCAUGUGCAAUGCUAGCUACAGAAAGAUGGAAUGAGGUGGGGCCCCAGCAGGGUUGCUGCAGGAGCCGCCUAAGGAUUUGUGACCCAGUUUGGUUCUUCUCUGAGGUUGGAAAUCUGAGCCAAUGUUGUAUAUGUUCCAUUUGUGCAGAAAGAGGAAGCUUAGAUUACUUAAGCUAACUUGUUCUUCCCAGGUCACAACUUUAAAUUAAAGAAAUAUCACUUUUUUUAAAAAA